GGCAGCAAAUUACUCCAUCCCUUGCUCACUGACACGCGUAAUAUAGGAUCCGUCGCCCUCCCAUCUAGGCUAGGAUUCUUGGUAAGGGAAACAAGCGUCUAAAGCACAAUUCUGUGGACACCAGUCCCCAAUCUGAAAUCUGACCGGCCGCCGAUUCCAUAGGUCCCGGUUUUCCUACGACUACACGGUGUGCCCGAUGACCAAACCGCAUGCUGUGUACCAAAUCCUAUGUGGAUCAGAGAAGAGUAAACUGUCAGCCGUUCGUAUUGAUCACGUACACAAAGGACAGGUGUAAGGUUGAAAGAGUGGUACUACCAAAGCCGAAAUCAUGUAUGGCUUCGUCAAUCAUGCCUUGGAGCUGCUUGUGCUGCGCAAGUUUGGCCAGGAACAGUGGGAGGCGAUUAAGCAUCAGUGCCAAUGAUCUGUUGGAAGCCUUCGGUAGGAUGUUCUUCGACUUCUGCCAAGAAUCUGGCUACGACACCAUUCUGACUGUCUUGGGCUCAAACACACGUGACUUCCUGCAGAAUCUGGAUGCCCUCCAUGACCACUUGGCCUCCAUCUACCCUGGCAUGAGGGCACCCUCCUUUAGGUGCAGCAGGCGAGAAAGCGAUGGUGCCCUUGUGCUACACUACUACUCCGAGCGACCGGGCCUGGAGAGGAUCGUGGUGGGCCUUGUUAAAUCUGUCUCCGAAAAACUCCACAAGGGCGAAGUAGACGUAGAGAUUAUCAAGACCAAAGGUGACGACUGCGACCAUGUUCAGUUUGCCAUCUUGGAAAAGAGCCGGGAAGAAGAUAAGUCCACUGUGCGUCAAGACUACAAUACUAUGGGUGUCUUUUCAGCGGAGCCUAGAAUCAGCCAAGCCACCUUCUGUCGCAUCUUCCCCUUCCACAUCAUGUUCGACUCAAAUAUGGUCAUCCACCAGUGUGGUAACUCGGUUUUACGGCUGCUUCCCUGCCUGGGUUCAGACCGAUGUGACAUAACCAGCGUUUUCAAUUUGGUGCGCCCUCACAUGGACUUCGCCUUCAAAUCGAUCCUCAGCCAUCUGAACACAAUUUUCGUUCUCCAAACAAAGCAUGGUCUGGAGGGCAUCAGUGAAUCCCUGGCUAAUCACAGACUGAAACUCAAGGGGCAGAUGCUCUACAUCUCGGCCUCCAACGAGAUCCUCUUCCUCUGCUCGCCUCACGUAGUCAAUUUGGACGAUCUGCGUAGGCGUGAGAUGUACCUAAGUGACGUGCCCCUCCAUGACGCCACACGAGACCUCGUCUUGGAGUCCGAGAAGUUUGAGGCAGAGUACAAGCUGACCCAGAAGCUGGAGAUUCUAACUGAUAAACUACAGCAGACAUACAGAGAAUUGGAGACUGAGAAGAGCAAGACAGACAGGCUGCUGUAUUCGGUUCUUCCGGCAACAGUAGCUCAGGAGUUGCGCCAUCGACGACCGGUGCCUGCAAAGAAACACGAGUUGGUAACCAUCAUGUUUAGUGGUAUCGCUGGUUUUGCUGACUUUUGUCACCGCAAGUCAACUGAUGCCAUGGUCGUUGUCAACCUUCUCAACGUCAUCUAUACCAAAUUUGAUGCUGUUACAGAUUUAAAUCCGCAAGUUUACAAGGUGGAGACGGUUGGUGACAAGUACAUGGCUGUAAGUGGUCUUCCCGAGCCGUGUGACACGCACGCAAGCUGCAUUGCGAGGAUGGCUUUGCAAAUCAUAAAAAAGUCAAGGGAAAUUACAGUCGAUGGGGAAUCGAUCGUGAUAACCAUUGGCAUCCACAGUGGUGAGGUGGUGACUGGAGUUAUUGGCACCCGCAUGCCCCGCUACUGUCUGUUUGGCAACACAGUAAAUCUGACAAGUCGGACGGAGACCACUGGAAAGACUGGCUGCAUCAAUGUAUCUGAAUACGCUUACAGGUGCUUGAUGGAGCCCCAAAAUCACGACCCAAGCUUUCACUUUGAGUUUCGGGGACCAGUAGUCAUGAAGGGCAAGAAGGAACCCAUGCAGUGUUGGUUCCUGACUGAAGCAACGGGCGAAGAGCAGAGUAAAGCAGAGCAAUAGACAUCGACGUACACAAUCUCAGCC